CAGUCACUCCACUGCCCCAUCCAAAGGGGGAGUAAUCCAAUAAAUAGGAGGACAAAAAUCACUCCUCCAUCUCUCUUUCAGGAAGGCAGCCCGGCAAGACGCAAAGCACCGCACAUCCCUACACAGCACAGGCAUUGUUUACAUCCAAGAUGGUGGAGCGUUAUGACUGCCACUACUGCAAGGAGUCUCUGUUAGGGAAGAUGUAUGUUCUGCGUGAUGAAAAUCCUUACUGCGUGAAGUGCUACGAGAGCCUCUACUCCAACACUUGUGACGAAUGCAAGAACCCCAUUGGCUGCAAUAGCAGAGAUUUGUCUUAUAAGGACCGCCACUGGCAUGAUGACUGCUUCCACUGCUUUAAAUGUCACCGUUCUCUGGUGGACAAGCCGUUCUCCACCAAGGACGAGCAGCUACUGUGUACUGAGUGUUACUCUAAUGAGUAUUCCUCUAAAUGCUAUGAAUGCAAGAAGACAAUCAUGCCAGGCUCCAGGAAGAUGGAGCAUAAGGGGAACAGCUGGCACGAGACCUGCUUUACCUGCCAGCGCUGCCAGCAACCCAUUGGCACCAAGAGCUUCAUUCCAAAGGACAACAGUAACUACUGCGUGCCAUGCUAUGAGAAGCAAUAUGCACUGCAGUGUGUGCACUGCAAGAAGCCAAUCACCACUGGGGGAGUGACCUACCAUGAGCAGCCAUGGCACAAGGACUGCUUCCUGUGCACCGGCUGUAAGCAGCAGCUGUCUGGCCAGCGCUUCACCUCUCGUGAUGACUUCCCCUACUGUCUGAACUGCUUCUGCAACCUGUAUGCCAAGAAGUGUGCCGCCUGCACCACCCCUAUUAGCGGUCUAGGAGGGAGCAAAUAUAUCUCCUUUGAAGAGAGACAAUGGCACAACGACUGUUUCAACUGCAAGAAGUGCUCUGUGUCCCUGGUGGGCCGUGGCUUUCUGACCGAGAGAGAUGACAUCCUGUGCCCUGACUGUGGCAAAGACAUCUGAUCAGAUUGCAUUGCCUAAUAUCUGACUCUUUAUCAAAGUUAUAGCUAAUAUAUUUGUCUAAUAUAUAUACAUUUUAGUUUAUGAGGAGCCUGUGCAUGCCACUUACCACAAUGCUGUGAUAACAUGUUCUUGCGGUCAGGGGUUAAAAUCGAGUACAACAAAAGCAACAUACUGUAUGCAGAGUGGAAAAGUCAUCUUUUUUAGAGGUAGUACUAAGUGUGAAUGUUACAUUUGAAAGAUUAUGUUAUUGCCUAUUUGCAAGUUUAUUUUUCAAUUAUUGCAACUAACAAGCUUUUGACUUAUCAAUAUUCUUCAUUUUUAGACUGUGAAGAAUGUACUUGCUGCAGCUGAUAAUAAACGAAUUGAAA